UCGAUGACGUCACGCAGGAGGAAGAACAAAACAAGAUGGCGUCUGACGGACAAUACGUUGUUUUGGUUGUUAUGGUUUCUAGGUCUUAAUUACAACGUACAUGUGCACAUGUGUGUCGUUUAACAGAGUAAACGUUGUUAUUAAUUGUUUGUAUGCGGAUACAUUAGUCUGAGUGCACUUUGACGUGCGAGCCGAGCCUGCUGGUUAGCUUAGCUUGUUAGCUGCUAACAAACAGAGGCGGAAGUGAUCGACACAUCAAAGCAGAGAUCCAAUACGUCUGUGAAGAAAAUCUUCACCCUGAGCAACAGAAGUGGAGCUUCAGGAUGCGGACGGAGGAGCCACAGCCCUCCCACAUUAAGAAGGAAGAGGAAUACCCACUGACCACUCACAUCAAAGAGGAAGAGGAGGACCCACUGACACCCCAUUUUAAAGAGGAAGUGGUGGAUCCACUGAGCCCUCACAUUAAGGAGGAAAAGGGGGAUCCACUGACACCCUAUUUUAUAGAGAAAGCGGUGGAUUCACUGAGCCCUCACAUUAAGGAGGAAGAAAUGGAUCCACCUACACCCCAUGUUAAAGAGGAAAAGGAGGACCCACUGACACCCCAUUUUACAGAGGAAUCGGUGGAUCCACUGACCCCUCACAUUAAGGACGUAGAGGAGGACCCACUGAGCCCUUACAUUAAAGAGGAAGAGGAGGAGCACAGCAUCAGUCAGCAGGGAGAGCAUCUUGAAGGACUGGAGGAGGUUGAUGUCACCAAGAUGCCAGUGACUGGUGUCCCUGUGAAGAGGGAAGAUGAUGAGGUCAAAGGUGAAAGUGAGGAGAGGGGAGGGGGGGAGCCUCCAAGCAGCAGCUCAACACAACACAUGACAACAGAAGCUGAUGGAGACCACUGUGGAGGAUCACAAGCAGACAAGCUCUUAGCUCCACUAUCAGAUAGUGAGGACACAACGUCACACUCUCCUGACACUGAUGAUGAAGACUCUAAAGAUGAUAAGACAUGUCACACUGACAACACUCACUUCACAUGUUCUCACUGUGACAAAACUUUUAAAUAUUCCGGUGAUUUGAAAAGGCACAUGAGAAUACACACUGGAGAAAAACCCUUUUCAUGCUCAGAAUGUGGUAGAGAGUUUAGACUAAAACAAAUGAUAAUAGAACACAUGAGAAUACACACUGGAGAAAAACCUUUUUCAUGUUCAAUAUGCGGUAAAGAUUUUACCCAAAGGUCUCAUUUGAAAGUACACAUGAGAAUACACACUGGAGAAAAACCUUUUUCCUGCUUAGAGUGUGGUAAACAUUAUACUCAAAGGCAAAAUUUGAAAACACACAUGACAAUACACACUGGAGAAAAACUUUUUUCAUGUUCAAACUGUGGUAGAUAUUUUACUCAAAGGCAAAAUUUGAAAACACACAUGACAAUACACACUGGAGAAAAAGCUUUUUCAUGUUCAGUCUGUGGUAAAAAUUUUACUCAAAGGCAAAAUUUAAAAACACACAUGACAAUACACACGGGAGAAAAAGCUUUUUCAUGUUCAAUCUGUGGUAAAAAAUGUACUCAAAAGCACGAUUUAAAAAUACACAUGAGAACACACACUGGAGAAAAGCCUUUUUCAUGUUCAAUCUGCGGUAAAUAUUUUACUCAAAAGCCUCAUUUAAAAACACACAUGAGAAUACACACUGGAGAAAAACCUCUUUCCUGCUCAGAAUGUGGUAAAAGUUGUGUAAUAAAUCGAAGUUUAAAAGUACACAAGAGAACACACACUGGAGAAAAACCUUUUAUAUGUUCAGUAUGUGGUAAAAGUUAUAUAGAAAGACGACAAUUAAAAUUACAUAUGAUAAAGCACUUUAGUGAAAAACCAUACUGCUGUUGAAGCUGCAACAAAAGCUAUUUUCACCGACAAUUUUGUACAGUACAAAUGGGAACACACACAGGAGAAAAAUUGUUGAGUUGCAGUGUGUGUGAUGAACGAUUCUCUUCUAAGUACUAGUGUAAGAAACACAAGUGUGCUGGUGAGAACAGCAGCAGCAAAUGAAACUGCAGGAUUUGAAAUAAACUGUCAAAACUUUAAUUUAGACUUUCUAACAAAAUCAGCACAUAUAACAUGUGUGACAUCAUUGUUGUGUGUGUAACACAGUCUUGUUAUUAUGCUUCUAACAUUUAUAGAUUAGAUACUUCAGGGUAAUGCUUUUAUUUCAGUCAAGUACAUGAGCUAAUAUACACAUUUGUGUACUUUAAAAUGAACACAACAAUUUGACUGAAAGGGUGAGAAUAAACUGUACAAAAUAUGUUACAUACAAUACACAUUUUAUGUGUAGAUAUUCAUAAAUCACUUUUAUACUUAUUAAUAAUAGUGUAUUUGUAUACGUUUUUUAAAUAAUGAAGUGUUACAUAUUUUAUUUUCUAGUUGCAGAUGAUUCCAUAGAUGAACUCCAUUAAAUGAUGUACAUAUUUGUUUUACAUGUGUUCAUACCUUUGCUUUUGAGUACACAUAAAUCCCUCUUAGUUCAUAUUUACUGGUUCACAUCUGAAACAUCUUCUGGACCGCUUCAGAAAGCAUAAUAUAUUAUUUACUUUAUACAUCAUUUGAACAGUUGUAUUUAUACAAUUUUAAAAUGUGUGACUUUAUGAAUAAUUUGUUGUUUGUCUAUAAUCCAUUCUAUUAAAUGUCUUUAUUACUCUCUUGUGUAACAUAAAUAA